UAAGCAUGAGAUCACCGUGGCACAGCUGCAUGUGUAGUCACUCUUGAAGCAAUUGCACACCUAAUUGGCUGACAAUCUUGGCAUUUUUUAAAACAAACACAAGCCUUUUAAAGACAGGGGACAUGUUUAUUUAAGAAUAGUCAAAUUAACCUGUGGGGUGUCAUCAAUGGAGCCCUCUGGCAGUGAACAGUUGUGCGAUGACCCUGAUCCUGGAGGCAAAUCCCAAGAUCAAGAGACCAAAAAACAACAUGAAUCAGAGCAAAAAUUAUCCAAAAUAACACACAAUGCUUUGGAGAACAUUAAUGUGAUUGGUCAAGGCUUGAAGCACCUUUUCCAGCAUCAGCGCAGGAGGUCGUCAGUUUCUCCACAUGAUGUUCAGCAAGUUCAGGCUGAUUUGGAGUCUGACAUGGAUUUGGAAAGCCAAAGCGCCUGUGCUGAAAUUGAUGGUGUCUCCACCCACCCUACAGCUCUGAACCGAGUCCUUCAGCAGAUCAGAGUGCCACCUAAAAUGAAGAGAGGGACGAGCCUGCACAGCAGGCGGGGCAAGACGGACCCUCCCAAAGGAAGUCCACAGAUCAACAGGAGGUCUGCCCAAGAUAUGCAAUCAGGUCGUCCCAGAUCAUCGUCCACUACAGAUGCUCCCACGAACUUGUCCGUGAUGGAGAUUGCUGCUUCUGUCUGUGUAGGUGGAGAGGAGGCCACAGCAGCAAUUGAACGACUGGAAGUCAGCAGCCUAGCACAGACCUCCAGUGCAGUGGCCUCAAGCACUGAUGGCAGCAUCAAUGCAGACUCUGUUGAUGGCACCCCAGACCCGCAGCGUACAAAAGCAGCCAUCACGCACCUGCAGCAGAAGAUACUGAAAUUGACCGAGCAGAUCAAAAUCGAACAAACAGCCCGUGAUGACAAUGUGGCAGAGUACCUGAAGCUAGCCAACAAUGCAGACAAGCAGCAGAGCGCCCGCAUUAAGCAGGUGUUUGAGAAGAAAAAUCAAAAGUCUGCCCAGACGAUCUUGCAGCUGCAGAAGAAGCUAGAACAUUACCAUCGAAAGCUGCGAGAAAUUGAACAAAAUGGAAUCCCUCGGCAGCCAAAGGAUGUCUUCAGGGAUAUGCACCAGGGAUUGAAAGAUGUUGGAGCGAAAGUCACUGGAUUCAGUGAGGGAGUAGUAGACAGUGUUAAAGGUGGGCUUUCCAGUUUCUCCCAAGCCACACACUCAGCAGCAGGAGCUGUGGUUUCCAAACCCCGGGAGAUUGCCUCUCUCAUCAGGAACAAGUUUGGGAGCGCGGACAAUAUUGCCAAUCUGAAAGACUCCUUAGAAGAAGGCCAGGAAGAUGGGACAGGAGGCAAGGCUCUAGGUGUUAUCCAGAACUUUCAGUCAAGCCCAAAAUAUGGCAGUGAAGAGGACUGCUCCAGUGCUACGUCAGGCUCAGUGGGAGCUAACAGCACAACAGGGGGCCCUGUGGGAGCUUCCAGCUCCAAAACAAACACUCUGGAUAUGCAGAGCUCAGGGUUUGAUGCAAUACUACAUGAGAUUCAAGAAAUUCGAGAGACACAGGCAAGACUGGAAGAGUCAUUUGAGGAUCUUAAGGUUCGCUAUCAGAGGGAUUACUCAUUAAUAAUGCAGACUUUGCAGGAGGAACGGUACAGAUGUGAAAGACUCGAAGAGCAGCUAAAUGACCUGACUGAACUCCAUCAAAAUGAGAUCCUGAAUCUGAAACAGGAGCUGGCCAGCAUGGAGGAGAAAAUUGCCUAUCAGUCUUAUGAGCGAGCCCGGGACAUCCAGGAGGCCCUGGAAGCAUGCCAGACCCGCAUCUCCAAGAUGGAGCUACAGCAGCAGCAGCAGCAGGUGGUGCAGCUGGAGGGUCUGGAGAACGCCACAGCCAGGAACCUGCUGGGGAAGUUUAUCAAUAUCCUCCUGGCUGUCAUGGCUGUCCUCCUUGUCUUCGUCUCCACUGUGGCCAACUGUGUCGUGCCCCUCAUGAAAACUCGCAAUAGGACGUUCAGCACUUUAUUCAUAGUGGUUUUCAUUGCCUUUUUGUGGAAGCACUGGGAUGCCAUCUCUGGCUACUUGGAACGGUUUUUGUCUCCCCCCAGAUGAUGCCAUGAGGAAUCGGCUGCAUCGCCCCUCCCAGCACACUCGGUGAGCAAGCGUGGCAAAGAUUAGUCAGCAACUACUCCGCUGAAGUUUUAAAGUGUCUGAGUGAAUUUGUUUACAUUUAGAAUAACGUUUUUUCUCUGCGAGAUGCAUUGCAAUAGUAUUUUUUAGAUUUUAUUCAAGAACUCUUUUUGGCGAGAAUCCCGGAUAAUUUUUAUGUAGCAUGGUUCUCUUUGGAUGCAAAUCUUAAGAUUCUUUAAAGUGUACAAAAUAAAUAAAUAAAAUACAGAAAUUUGGAGCAUACCAAUGGGCAAUUUAAACUGUGGCUUGAACUACUGUACUAAACCUGUCAGGAAGAGGAAAAUGUGAUUAACUUAAGAUGAGCAAAACUAAAUGUAGUGCACGCAGCCUUGAGGGAUGGUACCACAGCAAACCUGUAACACUAAACUUUUACUGUGAAGUCUGCUCACAUUCCAUGUCCAAAUGUAUGGGUUCGGAGUGGUUUCUUUACAAGAAAACAAAACGUGUGGAUCUCUUUCCCGACUCAGCGUCUGGGUUCGCCGUUUGUGCUGACCUGACGGAACAGUGACUUUCUAUAAGGCUGGUUAACUUUGCUAAGUGUAUGAAGUGGAAGCCUCAUGCCACAUACAGAAACUGCACAGUCGUGCUACAGUAUUUUGAAGUAGUCCUUGAAACACUUACCUUUAAGCAAAGCCCUUGGUCGCACUUUUAAGGUUUUUUUUUAAUGUAUGUAUAUUCACAGAUUUAAAAAAAAAUCCAAACAGCAUACUUGAAGAGUGUUAUACUCAAACUCUCAGUGCUUCCUUAUCGUUUCUAAUAGGAUUUUUUAUUAUUAUUAUUAUUAUUAUUAUUAUUAUUAUU